UCAUCCGCCGCUCGUUUCUGGACUUCAUGAACGAAUUCGGUCCGAAUUUUCACGCACGGAAGAGCCAUGCGCUCAAUGCGACGCGUCUGCGGAGAUUCACGCGUGUUUUCCGUGUUAAUCAGUCGCUUCCCAUCUGUUUGAGUUACUUGCUCGGUUCUGAAAGGCUUGAUCCGAGUGUGUAAGACCGAAAGCGGACCAGAGUGACGGUGCGUCCGGUCCCAUGUUGCAGCCGAACCAGGACGAACAUGCCCGCUCAAAAGAUCCGGUGAAAUACGGCGAACUGGUGAUUCUCGGGUAUAAUGGCUCCCUGCCAGGCGGAGACCGCGGUCGGAAGAGGAGCCGUUUUGCUCUUUACAGGAGGGCAAACGCGAACGGUGUCAAGCCGAGCACUGUGCACAUCCUCAGCAACCCACACGACAGCAAGGCGGUGAACAGCAGGGGUCAGCACAGCAUCUCCUUCACCCUCUCCAGGAAUCAGACGGUGGUGGUGGAAUACUGCCAUGACAACCACACCGACAUGUUCCAAAUCGGCCGCUCCACAGAGAGUCCCAUUGACUUUGUGGUGACUGACACACCUGGAGGUUCAAAGGAGAGCGAGGACUCCUCAUCCGCCCCGAGCACCAUCUCUCGCUUCGCCUGCAGGGUGGUGUGUGACCGGAACCCUCCUUACACUGCCCGUAUAUAUGCUGCUGGAUUUGACUCUUCCAAAAACAUCUUCCUUGGGGAAAAGGCAACUAAAUGGAAGAAUCCAGAUGGUCACAUGGAUGGACUCACCACCAAUGGGGUGCUGGUGAUGCAUCCUCAGGGCUUUCCAGAAGAACCGAAGCAGGGACUGUGGCGAGAGAUCUCGGUGUGCGGGGAUGUCUACGCUCUCAGAGAAACCAGAUCCGGUCCUAUCAGAGGACAACUGGCCCAAGGCGAGAGCAGCGCGCUUCAGGACGGCUCCCUCGUGGACCUCUGUGGUGCCACUCUCCUGUGGCGCACCGCUGAAGGUUUGCACAAAGCGCCGACUCUACGUCACCUUGACGCCCUGCGUCUGGAGCUGAACGCCGCUCGGCCUCAGUGUCCCGUGGGUCUGAGCACGCUGGCCUUCCCCAGCCUUCCCCGAAGCCACAGUCUGGAGGAACGUCAACCCUGGGCGUACCUCGCCUGCGGCCACGUCCACGGCCGGCACGACUGGGGCCAGCGGCCGGAGCGCCACCGCGAGCGAGAGGAGGGGGAGUGCGGAGGCACCGGGGGACGACGGGAGUGCCCUCUCUGUCGGACGGUUGGGCCUUAUGUUCCCCUGUGGCUGGGGUGCGAGCCGGCCUUCUACGUGGACGCGGGCGCCCCCACUCACGCCUUUGUGCCCUGCGGCCACGUGUGCUCGGAGAAGACGGGCAGGUAUUGGGUGGACACUCCGCUGCCUCACGGGACCCACGCCUUCCGACCCACAUGCCCCUUCUGUUCGGCCCCGCUGUCGGGCAGCCACGGGUACACGCGGCUCAUCUUCCAGGGUCCUAUCGAUUGAUGAGGUGGCCAAAGGAGGGGGAGGAAUCUCCGUCGCUAAAAUACUUCUGCACAAUUAGUUCCUUCAAGUCACGUUGAACUGUUUGUAUUUAUGAGAUGAGCGCACCUGAAUGCCACCACGAUGUCAUAAGUCCAGACUUUGAGUUGUGGGCAUGUCAAAGAAUCAUGACAAGAAGUUGUUUUGACAAAAUUUAGUGCAAUUUCAUGCAUAAUUACAAUAUCAGAACUCCAAAUGACUUGAAGGCAUCAUUAGAUUUCACACAGCCUUACCUUUUUGCUUAAAGGGACAGUACACCCAAAAAUGAAAAUUCUGUCAUCAUUUACUCACCCUCAUGCCAUCCCAGAUGUGUGACUUCCUUUCUUCUUUAGAACACAAAUUAAGAUUUUUGGAAGAAUAUCUCCGCUCUGUUGGUCCAUACAAUGAAAGUGAAUGGUGACCAGAACUUUGAAGCUACAAAAAGCACAUAAAGGCAGCAUAAAAGUAAUCCAUAAGACCCCCAACAACUUUUGGGACACCAAACUAGAUUGCGCAGCCUUAAAGCCCAGGGCACCACCGGGCAGUCAAGGGCACUGGCCCCAUUGGCCCGGUUGAUAAUCGGUCCAUGACUGGUUUAGUCCGUGUAUUCUGAAGAGAUAUGAGUGAUGUGAGGGUGAGAAACAGAUCAAUAUUUAAGUCCAUUUUAACCGUAAAUGUUCCUCCCUGCCCAGUAGGUGGCGAUAUGCAUGAAGAAUGUGAAUCACCAAAAACAAAAAAUGUAAAGGUGAAAGUGAAAGUGGAGAUUUACGUUAAAAACAGAUUUAAAUAUAAAACUGUUUCUCACCCACGUGUAUCAUAUCGCUUCUGAAGACAUGGAUUAAUCCAUUGGAGUCUUAUGUAUUACUCUUACACUGUUUAUGUGCAUUUUGGGGCUUAAAAAUGUUGCCUCCCGUUCACUUACAUUGUAAGGCCCAACAGAGGGAAGUCAUACACAUCUAGGAUGGCAUGAGGGUGAGUAAAUGAUGAGAGAAAUGUCAUUUGUGGGUGAACUGUCCCUUUAAAGGUGCUAUAUGUCAUAUAUUUACUGUACUAAAUCAUAAAACGACCAUUCUACGUUGAAGUUUCCAUUCCGGGUCGGAGUUUAUGUUUUGGCCUGUGAUCCCGCCCACUGCCCACUCACCAAUAGUAUUUCGACACCGACGGGUUGCCAGAUUGCAACACGUUUGCAGGCAAACAUCACGGCGCGCCGCAGCCAUGGAAGCCAGCAAACGAACUGGAUCAGAGAUAACAGAUUCCACCCGACCUAAAAAGCCUCGCCAUCCGUUUAAAAGCCACCAUGACCAGAGGCGUAGAAGAUGGCGACAGCUUAAAGCCCAGAGAUCCUUUAAAACGGAUGCCGAGUUGGCUAACUUGCGUGGCAACCCGCAUGAGCUUCGAGUCUGGGGUGGGGCAGACAUCUGCAGCGCCCAUUUGAAACGCUUGCGGUCAAUCUUAAACAUAAAGCACCUUUAAGUCCUAUAGUAGUGGUCACGACCGCUAAAUGUCCAUGCCAUCUUGUAUUGAUAUUUACGGUGAGACUGCAGGAUAUUUAGGUUAAAAUUCUGUAAUGGGAAAACCACCAUGAAGUGGCGAAAUUGGACUAAAUUCCCCCCCAGAAUAUUCCGAGAUUCCCAUCUCCUUUCCGCCACCUCAGUACAUGACCUGAGACCGUACCAAUCUCACAGCACACACACUAGAAAGUACAGAAUCCUGUCGAACACUUCAGCAAUAAACCCGGUAGAAUCAACUGGAGAGAUGCAAACGGUUCGAGCCACGUGCUUCCCUUAACCUGCGCUCAAACAUGGCUGAACCUGGUCAGGGGCUUUGCCAGGUCACGAGACAUUUAGCCCUUGUGAUUAUUGAUUUGUAUUGUUCUUUUUAGAUUCUUCUGAUUGUUUUAGCAUUUAAAUGACAGUCGUAGUCGUUUUGAAACCGUCAAGAUGUCAUAUUUUUCUACAUGACCGUGUUACUAAACUUUUGAUUGUCAGAUUGUUUUCUAUACGAGUGUUUGACAUAUAGCAGUAUAUAUAGAUUAUAUAUAAAUAUAUUAUUUUAUGUAUACGAUAUGAUUUGAGUCCAGGAGAGUUUACUGUAGACAGAAUGCCCACUGUGCCAACUACCAAGACAACAUCUGAUCGCGGACACUCGAUCUAAUGACCAGUGUGAUGAAUGUACAGUCCCAUAGUUGCCGUCUGAAAUCUCUCUGGUGCUAUUGUUGAUUUGCAACGAUUCACUUAUUUUAAGCUGAACUUCACGGCACUUGUUUCACUUAAAGGCGAACUCUUUAUACUAACUUUCAUCAGUAACACAGUUUUAUGUAACACUCAAAAUAUAUGAUUUUAUGGUGUUUCUAACCUCAUCUGAAUGUACACAAUCGGUUACGCAUGAUAUAAGUGGUGCUGCACGCUAAAGCCAGGGACGGAUUAUGACUUGCAAACGCCCUGUGGCCCAAUUAUCUCCAAGGGUCCCUCUGCACCCAAAAGUUGUUGGGUGGGCAUCGAUGUUCAUGCCCAAAAUUGUUGGGUGGGCAUCGAUGUUCAUGCCCAAAAGUUGUUGGGUGGGGGGGGGUCGUUGUU